CACAGCUGAUCACGUGAUGUGGUAAAAGGCCAAUCACAGCGGCCUUUUACCACGUGAUCAGCAGUGUCCAAUGACACGCUGAUCAGAGGGAAAUGCAAGUGCCGGUUCUCGGCUGCACUUUCCUCACACUGUCAGAUCUGCCCUGAUGAUCGGUGCCCAGCAGUGCCACCCGAAAGUUCCGCCCACCUGUGCCCAGCAGUGCGCUCACCAGCUCCGCCCACCUGUGCCCAGCAGAUCACCCAUCUGUGCCCAGCAGUGCACCCACCUGUGCCCAGCAGUGCACCCA